CGCGUGACGCCACGAGCAGGAGCGGAUCAGCGGAGCAGCAGACAGGACCCGGGCCGAGGCAGCAGCAGCAGCAGCAGCAUCCGCAGCAGCAGCGCCGCCACAAAAGGAGCUCAGUGCUGCUUGAGGUUCGACUCUCCGCUCCUCCUCUCCAGGGUUUGAGAUGCUGCGGCUCGGCGGCACGAUGUGCGGCUUCUCGGCCAUGAUCUCGGUGCUUCUCGCCGGACUCGCGGCGGCGUCUUCGGAUCUGUUCGACAACCAACUGGGCGACAUCAAUUACUGCAAAAGGCAAUGCCAGCUCACCAUCAAAAACAAAAGCCCCGCUAAAGACUCCAUAAUGAAUGCCUGUCACCGCGGCUGUCGCCUCUACUCCAUUUGCCAGUUUGUCAAUGGCAAUGCCGGCUUCAAUGCCAGCAGGGAGGAGUGUCAGGGAGCCUGCCAGGAGGCAUAUAUUAAGCUGCUGGAGCAGGAGGCCUGCUGCACCGGCUGUGCCAGUCAACCCUCUGAACCUGAGCUCAAGAGGAGGAAGCUCAGGGCCAUGACUCUCCGCCCUAAGCCCGCCUCUGUGAUGGAGGCCGUUUCCAGUUGGUGCAACGACAUCGUCAGCUCUGCCCAGAGCUUCAUCUCCUCCACCUGGACCUUCUACCUGCAGGCUGAUGAUGGCAAGGUUGUGGUUUUUCAGAGCCAACCAGAUAUGGAGUACUCUCUGCCUGAGCUGCAGGCUCCUCGAUCCAACGUGGCGGACAAACCUUGGCCUCAGGUCCACUCUCACACCCAGAGACCCCAUGGUGUGAGGGGACAUGGUGAGAGGGGAGCAUCCAAAGCAGGAGGCAAAGGGAAGCACCCCGCCCAGCACACAGACGACCCCACAGCUGAGCACGACUUCCUCGGCUGCAUGUCGAGACGUUCAGGCCUUCCGCGGUGGAUUUUAGCGGCGUGUCUCUUCCUGUCCAUCAUGGUCAUGUUGUGGCUCAGCUGUGCCAGCCUCGUCACCGCACCAGAGCAGCACAUCAAGACGCAGCUGAGUAUCAACGGAGAUAAAGAGUUUCUGGAUAAUGUCCACAAAGUCAACCCGUACCACCUGAGUCCUGUGAUCGCUGUGACCAUGAAAGAAUCGGAGGAGAGCCAGGAGGCGGGGCCGCUGCCGGUGAAAGUUGACCUCAACAAAACCUGCGUUUAGAAAAAGGACCAGUGGGAGAGCUGCUGUCUUGUUUCCCAGGAUAAACCAUGUCUGAAAUCCGUGGCCCGUCGGUGCAAGGGGUAAAACAAACACAUCACGGGACUCAAACCAGUCACCAGAAUUUUUUUAAACAUAUUUUUAAGAGCAUGGCACACUUCUGUCAUUUUUCAAAUUAUGAUACUGAAACAUCUAGCUUGGUCUUGUUGGUCUGAAGGCAUUUCAUUUCCUUGUCCAUCCUCAGAUUAUACUUAAUGAUCAGCCUGCUCAUUGCUUAUUGAUAAUUCAAUGCUCUUGUCUCAGAGCCACGCUGAUGACAAGCAGAAAAGGAUGGAUUACAGCUGAGAGCUUUCAUAUUAUUUUUCAUGUCUAGCGUGGACGAGAGAAGACAAACGCUGAGAAUCAUUCUAGAUUUAGUUUUGCCUCGUUCUCACAGAGAGUUUGGAUUAAUUGAUGUUGUCGCUGAGAGUGAAAAUAAUGGAGAGUGAGAGAGAGAGUAAAGGAAGAUGGAUGGAAGGUUGGGCUAAAUACUUUGACAGCACUCUUGUGAGCGCUGCAUGAAUCAUUAAUAAUUGAAAACCAUGUUUUCUCCUUCACAAGGUUAAAAUAAAAUCUCAGGCGAGCUACACAUUCUCACUGAGUUCAAAGAAACAAAGGCAUACUCACUCCAAGAACUAAAACAGUGUCCUUUGUCAACGUAUUCCUCUGUUUGUUAGUGUAUAUUUGGACGUGUCUGUGUGUGAACAUCUACAACGGCACGCAAAUACUUCAAACUGGUAGAUUCUAAACUGGAAGUGGAUUGAAAACCGGACGCUCUGUCUGAGAAUGAGCAAAAUGAACAAUCAGCUUAUUUUCUACUCUAUUUAUUCAGACUCAUCGACGUGGGUUAUCUGUUAAAUAGUGUUAUUGAAAUGCCAUGUACAGUUAAUUCAUCAUUCAAAUGUAAUUGUAUGUUAAAUACGUUGUAACACAGAUUGGAAAGAGACACAUCGAGGGGAGAUUGCACCUAUUACUGUAUUAUUAUUAUUAUUAUUAUUAUUAUUACUCUUAUAUCACUCCAAGAGUUCUUAGCUGUUAUAUGUGCCACGUGCUUUCUAAUAGCUGCCUAUUUUGUAUGUCCUAGGAGCACACACUGACGGAUGACCUCUGUAACAUUGUGUAAUGCAAAGCUUUUAACAUAGACCGUUGUUAUUGAACAAAGUUGCGCAGUCUUUAGAGAAGAUUUUUCUGUUUUCCUCUCAGUGCUUUUGAUGUCCUGUAACGCUCUCUUUUCACCCAGGCUAUGUAGACAAUAAACCGUGCAUGCAAGUGACGCUUCGAUAGUUUAGCUUAAACCGCCCGCCAUGCCAGUAUGGCAAGACUCUACUGUAGACUUGUGAUUUUUUGUGUUACUAUUUACUGUAAACAUUGAAUAGAACGUGUAAUAACGGAUGACGAUUACCUCGUGAUUUACGGGAAGGACUCUUGAUUAAAAAAGCCAUUCAAUAAUUAUCUGCGCUGGUUCAAACUGAAGGUAUAUCACAAGGAGUAUGAUAUGAAUUUCAAAACUGUAUUGUUUCCUUUUUACUGGUCUGUUUAUUUUCAAUCAAAUGAUACUUACAACAUGAAAUAAAGUGUUUUCAUUGUAAAUAAAUGAGAGUUCAGUG